AUGACUGCCACCGAGCCUAUAAGCGAGACUUACGAUGUGGUGAUUGUUGGAGGUGGCCCGGUUGGUCUUCUGACAGCCUACCAAAUAGCUCGAUUUGGCCUGUCCGUUUGUGUUUUGGAAAAGUACGACAAGCAGACUCAAGAUGCCUUUGGCCGAGCAAUUGCGUUAUUCCCUCGUACUUUGGAGCAAUUAGAUCAACUGGAUCUGAUUGAGCCAAUGUUACAGAAAGGGUUUGCAUGCCGUACAAGCGUUACUUACAAGGAUGGCGUCCAACAGAUUCCCGGGCGAGUUUGGACGUUCAUGGAGAACAUUAAAGAUACUGCCUUUGACUUUGUACUUGUUUUGCGCCAAAUGCACACCGAAGACAUACUGCGAGAGAAGCUGCGGUCGGUUGGUGCUGUUUAUCGAGAAUCUACCGAGUGCACUGGAUUUGAGAUUGAAGAUGGUGUCACCUCAUCGGAUGCUUAUCCUGUAAAGUCGUUCUUCACGAACACAAAAACACAAGAGAAAAUAGUCUUACGCAGCAAAUACCUUGUCGGUGCGGACGGUGGUCGAAGUUUUGUUCGUAGGCACGCAGAUAUCCCUUUUGAGGGAGACAGUUCGGAAGACAAGUGGAUUCGGAUUGACGGUAUGGUGGAAACUGAUAUGCCUAUCAAGCGUUCUUACGGUGCGAUUGAAAGCAAAACACAUGGAAAUGUCCUCUGGGCGCCACUGGAUCAUGGAGCAACUCGAAUUGGAUAUGCAUUUACCUCUGAGAUUGCAGCCAAAUAUCCAGGUGGCGUUACCGAAGAGGUAGCUGUCAAGGAAGCUAUUGAAUCCAUGCGACCGUUCAAUGUCAAAUUCACCGAGGUGCAUUGGUGGACUCUAUAUACCAUCGGACAACGUAUUGCCCGAGACUUCUCGACCAAAGAUCGCAUAUUUCUCUGUGGUGAUGCAGCUCACACCCAUAGCAGCGGAGCAGCCCAGGGACUGAAUACUGGAAUCCACGAUUCCGUGAAUCUGGCUUGGAAAUUAGCCAGUCAAAUACAUGGCUUCACCCAUCCUGAUGUUCUUCAGACCUAUGCUACAGAGCGUCGAACCGCAGUGGAAAAAUUAAUCAAUUACGACAAGGAUAUAUCCCUGCUCAUGACACACAAAUGGCCGUCAUGGUACAAAGGUGAUCCUGCCGCCGAUCCAUACCUAGUUUUGGGUCAGAUAUUCGAACAAGCAGCAUCUUUCAACACAGGAUUAGGCAUCAAUUAUCCAGCAAAUGUGCUGAACCAGUUUCCUUCUGACACGAGCCUCAAAAUCGAACCCGGAAAUCGUGCCAUUGAUGUCGACCUUACUGUGCCUGGUAUCAAUCGAAAAGUGCGUUUUUAUGAAAUAGCGCGCAACCUGGGUAAAUUCUGGAUUGUUGUAUUUGCCGGAAAGAUUGAAUCAACGAAGCCAUCUCUCGAGGCACUUCGAAACUAUUUGGCUGACGAGAAGGGUCUCUACUCACACCUAAUUUUGAAAUGGCUUACAAUUAGCUGUGAUGCGGGCUGCUCCCCGUAUGAGACACUGGGAAUGGUGCCGUUUGGUGAUACAUACUACGAUAUUGACGGCUUAGCACACGAGAAGUAUGGAAUUGACCCUUCAGUGGGUGGAAUUGUGAUAAUCAGACCUGACGGACUCGUUGGAACGGGAUGUGCUAUUGACGGAAGCUCGGUUCAAAACUACACAAAGACUGUACUUAACUUAUAG